UUUGUUUAAACGUUACAUAGCUCUUAACACAUGUUUAUUGUAAAAUAAUAUAAAAAUUCAAUUUUUAUUUCCACCUGAUAAAAUGGAGAUAUUUGGGCUUACUUUGACCGGUUAUGGCAAUUAUUUUACUGAAACAUUAAGAAAAGAUUAUCAAGAACCAGUUAUACUGCCAAAUGUUAAAGAAAUUUUAGAAGAACGUUUACGUUCUAAUAAAAAUAGAAGUUUUAGCGAGGUUUAUAAUAAACUUGAUCCAAUCCUUGGUACUGCUGAUGGUUUUUCAUAUGGAAGUAAUCGGCGCAUGCAUUUGCAAAGAAAAAAAGGUUUAUGGAAACCAGUUGGACCAACAAAUAUGUAUAGAAUACCAAUAACAAUAGCUCAAGAAAUUGGAUUUUGGACAGAGGAUGCUUUAUUAUCCCAAGCAAAUUGGAUAAAGUCGGCAAAUUAUGGCAGAAGAAACAGCGAAAUGACUAAGUAUAUUGUACACGUCAUAUCUAUACAUGUAUGUAUAACAUAUACUUUACUUUUACAGAACACUUCACAAACUAAGACUCGCCGAUUCAUUAGUAGCUCUUUAGGGAAAUUUAUUUGAUUGUCGAAACAACUCUUUUCAACUUGCAAAAUAACGAAAUUAAUAUUGAAAUAUCUAAUAAUAUAAUUACAAAUUUUUUUCGAUUCAAAUCCUACGUAAUAAAAUAAGGAAUAAUAUGUUUUGUUAUAUAAGAGAUUUUUUUAA